GCCUCGGCGAGGAGCCAAGCCGCCGGUCAAACAAAGGCUACUGCCAAUGCGAUCCGAUCCCAUGGCCUCUCUCCAUCUAUCUCUCGAUGGUAGACUAGUUCGAUCCGCCGCUGCCAUAAGUACGGCCGCGCCUGGCAGCUACUGUCGCAAAUUGCCCCCGAUUCCCUCUUCUCAGUCGCAGAACGGUACCCCUCGUACGAAAACGAGGCUCAGUCGGUUAGGAAUUUCUGUAACCGGUUUCACCUCUGGGCAAGGGCCAUGGCCACUUCUUCUCGGAGGAUGCGCGCCGUGCAGUACGACAAGUACGGCGGUGGAGCUCAAGCACUCAAGCAUGUGGAGGUACCGAUCCCGACGCCGAAGAAAGGCGAGGUGCUGAUCAAGAUGGAGGCCGGCAGCAUCAACCAGGUCGACUGGAAGUUCCAGAAAGGUGUCGCUCGCCCGUUCAUGCCCAACAAGUUCCCCUUCAUCCCAGUUUAUGAUCUUGCCGGAGAGGUCGUGGAGCUGGGCCGCGGCGUGAGCAGCUUCAAGGUCGGCGACAAGGUCAUCGCCAUCAAUUUCCCUGGCGGCGGCGGGCUCGCCGAGUACGCGGUGGCGCAGGCGUCGCGGACGGCGCCGCGGCCGCCGGAGGUGUCUGCGGCCGUGGGCGCGUGCCUGCCGAUCGCCGCCGUCACGGCGCUCGUGGCGCUGAGGACCGCCGGUGUCAGCUUAGACGCCGGCGACGGCGGCGGCGGCGGCGCCAAGAAGAACGUGCUGGUCACCGCGGCGUCCGGCGGCGUCGGCCACUUCGCGGUGCAGCUGGCGAGCGCCGCCGGGCACCGCGUCACGGCGACCUGCGGCGCGCGCAACGCCGGCCUCGUCGGCGGCCUCGGCGCCGACAAGGUGCUCGACUACGCCACCCCGGAGGGCGCGGCGCUGCGGAGCCCCUCGGGGCGGAGGUACGACGCCGUGGUGCACUGCGCGGCGGUGGCGGGGCUCCCGUGGUCCGCGUUCGCGCCGGUGCUCGCCGACGCCGGCGUGGUCGUCGACCUCACGCCGGGCGCCGCGGCCUUCGCCACGGCGCUGCGGCAGAGGGUGACCUUCUCCAGGAAGAGGCUGGUGCCGCUGUUCGUGUCGCCGACGAAGGAGGACAUGGAGCUCGUCGCCGGCAUGGUGGCGGAAGGGAAGCUCAGGGCGGUGAUCGAGUCGAGGCACCCGCUGAGCAGGGCGGAGGAGGGCUGGGCCAGGAGCAUGGCGGGGCACGCCACCGGCAAGAUCAUCGUCGAGAUGGGAGACGAACAGUGAGUGUGAGCUCGACGGAUUUGUGGCCUGGAAGAACAGAAUAAGAUACGAUUUUGUAGCGUGCAACUGUGCAUGUAUAGAUGUACUGCUUGAGUCUUUUAUUGACUCUCAUCGUUUGUUUGUUUGUUAGCUUAUAAGCCACAAUCAUCAAAAUUUAAGUUUUCAAACUAAAUUUGGUAUUAUUUGUUUUCUUUAACCUUUGGCUUUUAAACAGCUAAGAAUAAAAUAUAAAGACCCCACCCUAAUUAUUGUUCACCA